CAGGCAGAGCCCGAGCGCGGUUGCUGAGGGGACAGUAGUGCCGACGACGGCCGCGCCAGCCCCUCCUCCUCCUCCUCGCGUUAAGAUGGCGGCGGGUUCUCCUCUUCCUCCCUUGCCUGAGUCAUUCUCCGUGGCCGAGGAGCGGAGCGGCCAUUGCGCCGUGGUGGAUGGGAACUGUCUUUAUGUGUGGGGGGGAUACGUGUCUAUUGAAGAAAAUGAAGUUUACUUACCUAAUGAUGAGCUCUGGAUCUAUGAAAUUGACAGUGGAUUAUGGUCGAUGCACCUCAUGGAAGGGGAGUUACCUCCAUCCAUGUCUGGAAGUUGUGGUGCUUGCAUUAGUGGGAAUCUAUAUAUCUUCGGCGGAUGUGAUGACAAAGGAUACAGCAAUGGGCUCUAUUAUGUUAAUUUGCGAACAAGAAAUGGAACCUAUUUGUGGAAAAAAAUCACAGACUUUAAAGGUCAGCCUCCUACACCACGUGACAAACUUGCCUGCUGGGUGUAUAAAGACAGGCUAAUCUAUUUUGGUGGCUAUGGCUGUCGGAAGCAAAGUGAGCUGAGUGACUGUUUUGACGUUCAUGAUGCAUUUUGGGAAGGUCAGGUAUUCUGGGGUUGGCACAAUGACGUUCAUGUUUUUGAUACAACUACGCAAACUUGGUAUCAGCCAACAAUUAAACAAGGAGUUCCACCUCAGCCUCGAGCAGCUCAUUCGUGUGCAGUCCUAGGAAAUAAAGGUUACGUCUUUGGAGGACGAGUUUUGCAAACAAGGAUGAGUGACUUACAUUCUCUGAAUUUAGAUACCUGGGUUUGGUCGGGAAAAAUUUGUACAAAUGGAGAAAAACCAAGAGACAGAUCAUGGCACACCUUGACUUCCCUAUCCGAUGGUAAACUUUUCCUGUUUGGUGGGCUGAGUUCAGACAAUGUACCCUUAAGUGAUGGUUGGAUUUAUGGUGUCGCAACAAAUGAAUGGAAACAACUCACAUACUUACCAAAGAGUAGACCUAGGUUGUGGCAUACAGCCUGUCUUGGUAAUGAAGGCGAAGUGAUGGUCUUUGGAGGGAGUAAAGAUGACUUGCAUUUCCUGGACACGGGACACUGCAGUGACUUGCUGAUUUUUCAGACACAACCAUACUCGCUUCUCAGGCUGAGCCUCGAUUGCAUUGGCAAAAAUGCUCUCCUCCUGGAGAACCAAAUACCCUGGUUACCAUCUAGGCUCCUGGAGGAAGCUGUGGAUAAAAUAACUUUCUGGGCCGCUGUUAACUAUCGCCAAGAAAAAAAAGCCGAAGUAGAAGGGCAAGAGCAGAUUAAUGUCUCCUAGCAACCAUACAGACCAUUGUUGGAGAUCAUUUAGAAAUGUUACAGGUCAGCUGUUUGAUGGGCUGAAUAUCUAAGGUUGGGUCAGGUCUGGAGACGUUGAAAUGUGCUCUGAUUUCUUGAUGCAUAAGAAGCAGUUGCAGAUGUUAUAACAGCUCCGCUUAGGGGCUCUGGAGGUUAACAACACUUUUCUUGGGCUCACUGAGCCAGUUCAUAAACGCCAGUUGAUCCGGUUAUUAUUAAAGCUAAAUAUGUUUAAUAAGGCUUCAGGCAGGCAAAAAAAUUUUUGACCACAUUUCUGCUUAUUGCUACAUUUUCACCAUUGUCUGAAAAGUUGAAUUUCUCUAAUAUAAUCGCAGCGCAAAUAUCCUUUGGACAGCACCACAAAAGAAGGAUUGAAGAUAGCAUGGACUCUGUUAAGACACCAUUCUAUAGAAACACUUUAAAGAUGCACUGUGUUAAAUACUUUUGCUGUGCAUAUUCAAAAUGCUUGCACUGAAUAUUGAUUGAUUGUAAUUAAUCACAGUUUUGAAAAUGUUAUACAUACCACAUGUUGGAUGUGUAAAGUUUGUAUUUAAAUUAGUUGAAAAUAUUUUUGUUUAUUGUUUAAAAGUAUUUAUAAAGUACUAUUUUCCUAUCUGUUUCAUGUAUUUAGUUAAUAGGGACCCUGACGCAAACAUUUCUUGUGUGUUUGAAUAGAAUCUUGCUCUGAAUAGCUUUUACUCACUUGCCUUUUUGUGCAAAGAUCUUGAAAAAAGUUACUCUUGUUCAUAAGUGUUAUUUAAUUACAAUAAUAACCAAGCACAUAUAGCCUAAGGAAAUUAGGAGGGGUUUUUCAUGGCAUAAGCAGCUCUUUUAUAACUCAAUAGUACUGUUAAGCUCUAUAUUCCUUUAAGUUAAGGAGAUCUUUGAUAUUAAUAGUUUUGUUUGUGUUGAGGAAGAGGCAAUGCCAGGGUGGUUUUUUAUAUAAAUGAUCUUUUCUCUUAAUGCUGGAAAUGCAAGCUACAAUGGGGAAUUGUGGGUUAUCACCUUCCCUCAAAUUGUCUGUAAUUUACCCCCUUGUUUGAUCUGGCACAUCUAUCAAUCUAAAGGUGCAGUCCUAUGAAUCUAAAGGAACUGAAGUGAAUUAUUGAAAGAGUGCAUCUUCUUGCAAUGAAUCAGAUAGUGCCUGAAUAUAUCCAGCAGUUUUAGUGAAGUUAUGAAUAUGGGGUGGGGUCAGCUUUUUCCUGGUGCAAUAGUAUGUAGUACCUUAAAAUCACUGUAGGAAGACGGUGUCAUUUUUUAUCACCAGAUUCACUCCAGUGCCACUAAGGUAAACCACUUGGCAUUGACAUAACAAAGAUCCUGCAGCCCUGGAGUGAAUUAGAUGUCAAAACUGGCAGGGCAAAUGCUUCCCUUCACCAUGGUGCUGUUAAAUAUGAUCAUCCUGUUACACCUGCCAGUCAAGGUCACCUUUUGUAGCAAGCUGAAAUGCAGCAAGCGCAGCUUUUCCAACGUUCUGAUGCCGUGAUGAGAGCCUCCCUCUAAAUCUCUGUUUGUCAUGCACCUCUUAAAAGCAAAGGAGUCCUGCCGAAAUAAAAAGUUGACCCUGCUAGCACCAGUCUUGUAGGAUAAGAGCUCUUUAUUCCAUCUUCAGAACUGAUCUGACCGUAUCAUCUCCAGUUUCAGCUUUGUUUUUACAUCUGGAGUUCCGAAACAUAGUUCUGUGAUGCCAUGAUGUGCACAAAUACAGGUUUUUUUCAAAAGGGAAGCAAGCCAAGGCUGUCAGAGCUAAGAAGGACCUGCCUUUCAAGCUUUCAGAACGGACUUGGACACAAGUGAUUUGAGAGGGUGUUGCAGGGGCAUUCAGUUCUCACAUUCUGCUACUCCGUAUAAAUAUGUCAAGAAUCAAACAUAGGUGUGCUUCUGCAAGUGACUCCCAUGACUGAAGUCUCAAUCUACUGGGAAGGUCUCCUGUGCAUUCCCUCAGGAAAUGAAUGGGAGCAAAAUAAUGAUCUUAAAACAUUUCCCGUUCAUCUCAAGUGAUGGUUGAGCAGGAGAACUUCCAUUUCAAUGAAUUGUGUCCAAUAUUUAAUUGGUCAUCUAUUUCAAUGGAAUCUGAAAUCACUGCCAUUAGGAUCGGUGUGAAAAUUAUAUUGACUUCCAGAUACAACCUGAGUAAUGAUGUUGCUACUUUAAAAUGUCAUAAAGUAAAAACCUGACAAGGUAAAAGUCAGGGUAGUUCACCUGGAGCAACAUCGAUGAGUAUUCUAUAUUUCAUUUAGAAAAAUCUGAUCAGGAAAAGGUUUCUCCUAUUGAAAUUGUGGUCUGAACCAGUUCCAAUUAGAAGUGCCUUUAUGACAUUGUUUUCAUUCAUGUUUUACAGUACGUGCAGAAGCCUAUGUGAUCUUUGUCCCUCUUGC